AGAUCUUGAGCGGCACUGAUUACCAUGGAUAAUCUAUUUCAACUGGCCCUCAAGACCCAGACCAUAUUUGGUGGCAUUCAUUUCCUGUUCUUGGCAAUCUGUUGGCCAUUUGUUAUUGGUUUCCUGAAGGAUUACCACCACAAAGACAGACUGACAUUUAACUGUAUCCCCAAGCCAGACGACUUCACCAGACAACGUUGUUAUGACAAUUAUACUUCUACUAUGAGCCUGCUCCCACUCCAUCUAACACCAUUAGACUUUGCUUGUAUCGCGUAUGGUGGACUGGGGAUUGUCUGGGUGUCUUUUAUUCUUAUGGGGGCUAUGAUUCUACGACGGAUCCACAGAGAGCGAGGCGAACAAAGGGAAAGAAAACAUUUGAAAACGUUUGUGUGGACAUUCAUCGCUCAUAUGUGCAUUCAGCUUGUUUUCCUUGUUGUCAUGAUGGGACUGUUCUGUACUUACCAGCGCCUCCAUUUUCCUGCGGAGUACAAAUGCCAUCAGACAAACAUGACGCUAACUUCACUUAAUCAAAGGCCAGUUAAUUUUACAUGCCAGGACUUACUAUACAAUGAGAAAUCAAAACUAAACACUGCUAUUAUUGUGAUUAUGGCUUCUUCCACCGUUUGUUGUUUAUGGUCCCUUAUUCACUUAGAAGUAAAAAGAAAAGCGUUUGUAGAGCAACUGCUUCGAAACAUUUUUGAAACGGAAGAUGGAAAUGCGGCAGGAUUAAAUUUAGUAGGUGAGUCGAGAGCCCGAUGUUGAGAUGCUAGAUGAGUUUUGAAAUAUCAGGUUUGACCAUCUAUAGAUUUAGGCUAUAGGGACCCUUAUUAUAGAGGUACUGAUUGUCAAUCAUAUUCAUUGCUGCGAAGCCACCAGGCUUCGCAGCAGACUAAUUCCGGUCGCGUGCGUGACCAGCCUGGGUUGCCUGUGCCAGGAGCCAGCCUCAUUUGAGAUUCUUGGAUGUGAAUAUGUAUGUAAAUAUGUAUCAAUAAUCACAGGAGUUCAGGCUUCAGGAGUAAUCAUCGAUCAUUUAUUGCGACAGUGCUGUUUCGUAUGGUCCGAAAUUGUAGGACCACACUCAUCAGGCAACUUCAACGAUUGACCGUUAAAAUUAAAAUUAGCUGGCAGUAAAAUAUGGGUUUGUUAUAGGGUUGCGUUAAGAGAUUGUAUCUAGGUAACAGAUGGAUUCUGUCUUAGUUACGUUACUCUAGAGUUUUGAAGUACAUAUCUGUUUCUGUGGGGGCAUACAUUCCACCCAGAAUUCAAGUAUGUAAAUAUGCAUGUAUGUAUAUCACUGCAUUUGCCUCGAUUUCAGGAACGGCCUUCGAAAUCGAGGCUCUUUCCAGUGUCUUUCGUCCGCAGUCAAUCGAUUCAGAAAGAAAACAAAAGAACGCACUUAGAACACAGAUAAUGUGUCGGGUGUCUGUAAAACGUGGACCGGAUACGUGCGGAUGCCGAAUGCGGAUGGCCGAUGCCAAUGGGAAAAUGCGGAUGGAAAAACGCGAAAAAAAAAAUUGCAGACAAUGGUAUAAUAAUAAGAUUUUGGAUAUAUACAUUUUGCUAAAGCAUGUGUUUUUUCGUUUAUGGUUCUGUUAUAUUUAAAUCCCGAUUACUAAAGUUGCUGGGACAACUUUUUAUUCUUGAAAAAAAAAAAGAAAGAAAGAAACUGGAGAAAACAAGAGAAAUAAACCAAAACAAAAGGUGAACUGCGCGAAAAAAAUCGGCGUGCGUUGCUUCGCCUAUUUCGUGCUCGCCUCGUAAAUCUUCCUGUAUUGAAAGGGCUCUUCAUGUAUUGCUGGCACUCUACCUGGACUCUGGUCAACUCUGCCAGGGAAGACAGUUUAGAGUGUGACUCUGAACUGCCCGUUUUAGAGAUCAAAAGGCAUGUUACUGUUACACUAAUGGUUUUCUUUUUCAUUUUCGGGUCUUUUCUAAUUUUCUGAGCGAAUCUGCGAUUUGUUUUUGACGAGUUUAAGAGGCUACCACAUGCUCAACGCAAGAGAAGGAACGUAAAAGAUACGUUUCUUGACUUGAUCUACAAAUCCUUAUUUUUCUCAUCGCACCGCGCCCCUUGGACCGCCAAAAUACAAAAAAAUCCUUAUUUUUCUUCUCAUUUUGUGUGAAUCGGUGUUUUUUAAUGAGGUUUUUUCCACACAGAUUUUUUUUUCAUGCAAUAUGCCGCACCCUCAACAGAAGCAUUUGUCUGGCCUUCACAAUUUUACGCAAAGGUUCUUUCAACGAAACCCACCUGGUUAGCUCAGUUGGCACUGAGAGCGCCGGUCUGCUGGGCGGGAGGUCGCUUGUUCAAACCCCGGCCGGACCAACACUCAGGGUCUUUUAAUAACUGCAGAAGAAAGUGCUGCUUUUUAACGACAUCUGCAAACGGUUACACCCUCUAGUCUUCUCGGAUACGGACGAAAAACCGUAGGUCCCUCUCACAGUACUGUCACUUACCUGGUUCUUGAGAGACGUAAAAGAACCCACAACACUAUUCGAAAAGAGUAGGGGACGUUAUAGACCCUAGUGGUGUGGCUAACCUUUCCUGGGCCGGGUGGGGUAUCUGUAAGGAGAGAUCUUAAUAUAGCGAUAACCUCAUGACCCUUCUUCAGGUGUCGUAAUGGCUACGUGUAAACAGUGUAUGAACUGUAUGAAUGUAUGUAACGAAUAAAAAGGGGUUAUCUGGUGCAGACAUUGUUAAAAUAUUUAUAAAGGCUUGUUAAGAAGCAGUUUUAUGUUUGGUUGCCGCGUCCCAGAUAGACGAGAGCGGUCCAAAUAAACCGAAUAUCAUAUAUUUUCGAUUCCGAAAUUCUGCCUGUCACGUUUUUAAUGGCGAGUUUUAGGUUGCUCGAUACAGACGGUCUAAGACGUCGCUAAGGAUAUGCUUUGGAAUUUAUUUUGUUGCGAGAAAAAUUAAAAACAAAAACAAAUGAAAUAGAGAGUAGCCUUCAUCAAUGCGUUUCACUAGGGACACGUUUUCUGCGGGAUUUUGAUUUUUAGGAUGCUUUAAGAUUAGGCGAUUUUUUACUUUUUUAUUUUUUGUACCUUUUCGGGACAUAACUUAAGCGAUUAAUCACGUUUGAUCAAGUCUUUUUUUUUCUUUCCGAUCGGCAGUAUAUUUUGCAGUUUUAAAAUUCAAAUUUCAUAAUUCUUGCACUUACAAAUUUCCAAAAGGUAGAACUUGUAAAAAAUAAAUUCAACAUGAUAGGCGGAGUUGAUUAGCAUCUGCCAAAUCGGAAAGUUACGUACUUACAUUCCUUCUGUUUCUUUUUUGACGCUGCUUUUUUUUUGUCUCGAGGGGCUCAAACAAAUAAUCCUCGAUUUGAUUGCCCUGAGAAUAUUUUCUCUUCUGUAAGUUGAGUACACUAUAUCCAGGCUAUGUACUCAAAGGAAAAGUGCACCAUAGCAUGCGUGGUUCAAGGAACAGGAACGGAGCGUCCUUGUUUCCGUGACAUUAAUGAAAGGAAUUACAGGGUUCAAAGAAUUGUGAAAAAACCCUGAAUAACCUGUACCAACUAUUGACAACGCGCACUGUACAUGAAGGGCCCAACCAUGCGACAGCGACUUGAAAGAAAGAUUUCUUUCCUUUGUUUGUUUAUUUAUUUAUUUUUGUCAUCCGCAUUUCUCGUUUUAUUCUUUUUACAUUUUUUGGCGUCUUUCCGCAUUUUUCCAUCCGCAUCCGCUAUCCGCACGUAUCCGUUCCGCGUCUUACAGACACCCUAAUGUGUGAUGUGGAAAACUUUAAACCCGGGAGAAAUCCUGUUUCGUAUAGAAAGCCACGUUUCUGCAACCGAAGAGUAUGAAUGCAAGUGAAGGUAAAAAAUUCCCAUCAAUUGAAGCGAUACGUUUCUUAGGGUAUUUCACGCAAUUCCUGGAACCGUUUUGGCUCAAUUUGUAUUCAGCGAGACUUUGUUGUAUUUAUUUAAUUGAUAAAUUGCUUUAGUUUUUAAGAGUUUUUAUAGAAAGUGACAAGGUUUGUCUCCCCUUGGUAGUAAAACGUUUUAAACACAACGGAAGCAAAGAUUGAAAAUGGCCUUUUAUACAAUGUAGCUUGAUAUAAACACUUAUUUUGGUUCAAAAUUCAGUUUUUAUCGAUCGCCUUCGUGCUUCGUGUCGUGUAGCGUUACACGCACAGUUACUUGAAAUCAUUGAGGUGAAAAAUCAAAAAUCGAAAUAUUAAAACUGCAACUGAUGUCACAGUUUUUCACCUAGAUGAGAGUCAUCUAAGUGAAAAACUGUCGCUCAAAAAAAGGUAGUUAACGGGUCAUCAGAUGUUUGCAAAGUAUUCAAAAAACUUUUCUAGUACUAGUAAAAAAAAAUUUAGCAAAAAACUUUAACAGUGAAAGUUAAAGAAACAAAUUUAUUAAAUUACAUAAUGUAUACUAAUAAAUGGAAAAACGGGCAAAAAAGAAAUGACUUUUUAGCGAGAAAAUAUUAAGAAAAUCAAUGAAAAAUAUUUUUCACUUUUAAAGAAUUUUGAAAAAAAUUUUUUACUAGUACUAGUAAAAAAUUUGCUUCCGUUGUGUAUAAAACGUUUUACUACCAAGGGAAGACAAACGUUGUCACUUUCUAUAAAAACUCUUAAAAAUAUGAAUUCCCUUAUUUAACAGUGCCUAGGAGGUCUGAAAUGCAGUCAGAAUACGAAGAAAAACAAGAAGACGCUAAAGGUAAGCUUCAAAGCCAUAUUCAAUGUACAUUUUGCUAAUUUACUGAGCAAAGAAUACUUCUCCAUACAACGUCUUAUAAUUUUCUUGCUGAUAAUUAAUCGCUGGUUUUCAUUGUCACGCCAUUUAAAAUAGAUCAAAGUAAAAAUCAAAACCGUUGAAUAGAUAAAGUCCAGAAUCUGGGAAAUGAAAGGAGGUAAAUAUGGAAAGACCCUCGCCAAGAUUCAGGUCAGAGGAAUAUUUCGUAUACGAGAUAUCGGAAGAAAUGUUUUACCCAAAUUUUUAGAUUUGUAUGGAGACGCCAUGCUGGCGUUCAUCCAGAUGGGCUCCAACAUGGCGGACGGAAACCAACAGAAACAUCUGUUAUCGAGUUUUGCUGCAAAAGUGUGAAUUUAUUCUUCGAGGAACUCAUAAAUAUUAAAGUAAUACGUUUUCUAAUAGACCAACUGUUAAGAUAGCAAAAUUCCCUGAAAGAAGUCUUUUUUUUAACCUACAUGACAAGUCUCUUGGCCGUCAUGUAAAUACCGCGUCACGCAAAAGCUUAGAGAUUCAAGCGUACUCUAUCACAAAACCGAGGACCCUUAUGAAGCGAAAAUUUGUAUGAAAAUUAGUUUUCAGCUGCUCUUAUACAUCGUGAAAGUAAAAUCUCGGUAGGAUCGAUAGUUUUGUAGUUUGAAUUUUAGUGACGUCAUGUGAAAACCAACAAUUAGCUUAGAUGGGUAGUGUUGUUUUCGGGUUCUUGGCAUCCUAAGAGGCCUGAAACGCACUCACCACACAAAUAACAUAACAAAAUGCUAAAAGGAAAAAUUAAUGUACCUUUUGCUCAAUUAUGGAGAAAUAGGAUAAUUCUCAUACAACGUCUUAUAACUGUUGUCGUAUGAAUAACUAAUUAGCUAAGUAGGAUAAUGUUGUUCAGGGCUCUCAUAGUGAGCUUGGGCUACCUGUGCAAAGACUUACAAGAAUAAUUAAUUCGAAUGAUGACGGCGUUUUAAUUAUUUCAUUAAGUUGAAAGAUUACAUUGUUAAAACAACAAGGUUUCUGCGAGCUGAGUGAAAUAGCCAAAACAUUCUCACAGUUUACGUAAAGGUUUUCAGGUUGUUUAUUUAUUUGAUUGAAUGAAGACACGGGAGCCGUGAACGAAUUGCCAAGAAGUAUAAAUUCAAAUAAAUGACACACCGACAAGGGAAAACGUUUCUUCUGAAUAAAGGCUGUUUUCCGAAAAUGAAUUUUGUAACCUACAGAUCUACUUAUCUUUCUUCAUGUUAUCGAAUAGAAUCCAGAACUAGCAAGAACUCAGACGAGUUGCGAGGGUGUAUUGAGAAAGCUUAUGUGUUUGUAACUUACAAAGUGUAAAUAUGUCGAUAAUUUGAGUUUCCGUCGACAAACACUCAACAAAUUCGUACUCCUCGUAAUCUUGACGUGAGGCGGUAUCAGAUCCUAAAGCAAAAUAUUGCAAAAACGGCUUAAACGCUGACAUAUUCUAUCGAGCGCUCGAGAAACAGGGAAAGAAUCUUCUCUAGGCCAACGCGUGAAAAACCAUGGUAACGGUUGAUUGUCGUCCACCAAAAGGCAGGUUUGAACCGUAGAAAAACCCUUUGAGGGCGCGUGUUACUGGCUACCGCUGUAAAACUGAUGGGGCCGUAUUUUUUUGUGUGUAAAUUUGGUUCCCUGCGUAGGAGGCGCAAGAAAGGCGAGGGGAGCGGGAGAAAAACGCGAAAGGAUAAGUGAGAAGAAACACCUGCCUAAGUAAGAAAAAAAAGAAAAAAAUUGGCGAGGGACGCGAGCAAAGCGCGGACUAGCUAGGGACAGCUCCUGCUAGGGAGUAGAAAAAGGCGGCGGCCCACUUCCCCUCUUCCUUCGUCUCCUCGCGAUUUUAAGCCACCUUCUCCCAAACUGAAACGGAGAGCCCGUUCAUAGGCUUAACCGAUCCGUCAAACUGGCAAUACGUGACCAAUCACAAGUAGGGGGAGGGGGGGGGGGGUUGGGGGGGGGGAUUUCUCAACGUGGAGGAAGGAUGCUUUGUUUACCGGAAAUUAUAAUGUCUAUUAGCUUGGCCCCUUUAUCAAAAGAUUUGUUGACUGUUCAAAGCAGAAUAGUUUUACUUUUGUUAGCCUGCGAGAAGGUCCACUUGUGCGAAUUUGAAUCGGACAAGGAAAAGUAAGUUUCCUCUCCUCAUUCUUUUCGCCGGCUCGUGCUUGUGGUUCCGCCGCCAAAAUUUUCCCAAAACGCGAACAAGUGAGCAUCCUCUCAGGCUAUACUGUUGUUGAUCAGCAAACACGACAAACAAUGAUCGGUUUCAUGUGAUUCUCUGCUUGCGUUAUGGUUGUCAAUAAUUUACUUGUUGCGGCUCAGCCAAUCGGAAAUUUGCGGACGCCAGCAGCCGCAGAAAUGAACAAAAUGGGGUUCUUCUGCGGGCUUUGAUUACUGACAUCAGGUUUUCCUUUCCGUCUUUCCUCGAUACCCCAUCCUUGCCCCCCUUCCCUUUCGACGCCUGUCACGCAGGCUAUACGCAGGCUAGUUGGUGGCCGCAUCUUGAGUGGUUAAGAAGUUAUGUGGGGUGGACCUCCAAAGUCGCCCCCGUUCCCAAACAACCCUUUCCGAAUAGAGUUAAUCCAUCAAAUAAGGUUUUCUUCUUUUGCGCAGCUGUACGUCUUGGUGAUCAUCCUGGUACAGACAAAGAUUAUAACAUGACAGCUCACCCAAGAGGAAUAACGCUGUUGGUUAAUAUCAAGCUUUUCGCCAGCGAAGAACUCCCAACUCGUCACGGGUCGGAAGUAGAUGUUGGUCAAGUUGAAGCGUUGUUUACUGCUCUCGAUUUUGAGAUGCGAAUGAAAGAGAACCUUACAAAGCUACAACUCUUAAACGAAAUUGAUGAUGUUGCUUGCCAGGAUCACAGUGGCUACGAUUGUUUUGUGCUGUGGCUCAUGACCCAUGGCAGGAGUGGUGAGGUGUUCUGUUCUGACGGUAACACGAUACCUAUUCAAACUUUCUGUGAUAUGUUGAGCGAGUGCGAUACGCUAAGGGAUAAACCAAAGCUGUUUUUUAUCCAAGCGUGCAGAGGUAACGAAGAAGAUGAGAGGGUGUCUAUUGCCACUGAUACCGGUAUUUCAUCUAACGAACAGCUUAGUCUAAACAAAGUUGAUUCCGGCCUUGGCUCAGUGAAUAAACUUGCACCCAGGGUACCCAAACAUGCAGAUUUUCUGUACGCAUUUUCCACUGUCGAUACGUAUGUAUCGUACAGGCAUGAGGCUCUAGGAAGCUACUAUGUUCGCGGCCUCGUUGAGGCAUUUCGUGAACGUUCAAUUAAUGACCACCUUCUCGAUAUUUUAACUGUAGUCAACCAGAAAGUCAGUAACAUGGAACGUUCAGGGAAGAAUAAGAAUGAAAUCAAAAUCUAUAAAAUGAUGCCGGAAGUUAAACACACCCUGCGGAAAAACGUCCGUUUCUAGACGCAUAACUGGAGCGUUUUACACUUCUGCGGCGUGCUCUAAGAAUGAAAACUGCAGGGGAACUAGUGCAGUAUUUAAAUAGUUUUGCGUAAACAAUUCGAUAUUUUGUGAUGUUUCUUACGACGACAGUUUAAACAGUUGUUGAGGGCUUGCGAAGCUCGCUUGGCUUUUUAACGAGAGGAGCAAGACUCUGUUCUUUCUCUUUAGACAGCAGUUUAUUCUUCAACAGCUUCUGACAGCAACUCUACUACUGAACUAAUUCUACUAGCUAACACAGCGAAUUAAAUAACGAAAUUAUGGACGUGUUUGGGUUAGCUGACCAUGAGACCCUUCCAUUGCAUAUCCUGUCGCUGAACUUGUGAACGAUAGAAUAGUCUACACUGUCACAAUUAACAAGUACUAAAGCGCCAAUUGAAUGCUAGCGGUAAAACUGCUCGCUAGGACCAAGCCACAAAACAGGAACUUCAGUGGAGGCAAAACUCAAGGUCAGCUAUAAUCCCCGAACAUGCUUACUUCAAAGAACUACAAUAAGUUUAACAAAUCCUUUCGAUAGACGAUACUUCUCAAAACUCAGGAACUAACCUUGUGGCCUAUACAUUGAAUUUCCUUGGACUAUGAACUGUUUAUUAAGAAACUAGCGCGUGCUACAAAAUAAUCAUUCGGAUAGAAAAACCUUAAAAAUACCAAAACUCCAAAACAGAACUAACAGCAACUACUUCAUAACACAGUUAAUUCUCUUUUGGCGCUAAACGAAACAAAUUCAGCACGCUUUUAAAGUAGAUACGAAAUAGAUAAAUCUCGCAUUUUUUGUGUCAAAAUUUGUAUUUUGGGGCGUCGUUGUUAGACGAACUGAAAACGUUUCUUGGAUGUAACAUAUCAAAUGCGCCAGUGGCAAGGUAGUUAUUAUAAGUAACAAGUUGGGGUUGAAAGCCUUACAAAGUGUUUAUGGUCAAGUCCACACUUUCUAUGUGUGUUGAACUGGUGCCGUGGUCAGUAUGCGCACAAUGCGCACAUGUAUACGGUAGUUUAGUUUUACUUAAAUUCUAGUGAGGAUCGAUAUAUUUUUUAAUAGCUUCUUAAGAAAACGGAACCCUGCGUGAUUAUUGUAUUAGAAGAAGAAAUGUCCUUCAGGAGCAAUACCUGCAUUAAGUAGGGAAAAGACAAUGUUCAGAGGUUAAGGCACCAUGUGUUUCAAUUCUUUACCAGAUUUAAGGACCUGUGUCAUGAAAUGUAUGAAAAUUCAAACAGAGAUAACUGCCACCAGUUUGCGUGAAACAUAAAAAUAACUGCUCAAUAAAUGAAAAGAAGGUCAUAAAUAACACAGAAAUCAUACAAAAGGAGACACGGAUGGACAAACUUGAAGAAGAUUGAAACGGAUUGCAAUUAUUGUGAUUUUUGACAACUUGUUAGCCUAACAAUUUGUUGUACAGUUGUUGUUGUUACCUGGUUGAUAAUAUUCAAUGUUUGAUAUAUUGAUUUUUAUUAAAAACUGAAUCAUUGGAUAAUGCAGUUCUAGAGCUCUGAUUAGCUUAGCCAUCUUGGCAUAUGAGCCCUAUACCAUGCUCUCCAAAUAUGGUAACUGUACGCGUCUGCUCAAAAUUAAAAACAAGCUGAAAAUUGGUUGUUUAGACCAAAAAGAGUCGGGAAGAAUUCUCCAUAUUUUGUAGGCGUUUUUAAUAAAACAAUUCUUCAACUCGCGCUUGGUAAAUGUGAGAUGAUUGUACCCAACUCGUUGGCUCGUUGAUUGUACCCAGCCUCGUUGGCUUCUACCAUCUCACAUCCAAUAGAAUAGGGACUUUAAAAUCCAACGACGCGAUGGCAAUGAGAACGUCGCUUUAAAUGUAAAUUUGCGUUCUUUCAGUCUUCCUACCCACUUACUUCGUCAAAUGUAGGCGAACCCUCCCGGAGUUGAAUCCUAGGCACCAUAUCCAAG